GUCGAGAACUCAAGAGUACGAGUAGCUUCAAGCUCCUGAUGUUGUUUCACUCAAUGCGAUACAAACAAGUCCCGUUUGUUCCUAACCGUGACAUCAUUCUCCUUUCAAAACCAAAUCGACGGACACUGAAAAGAAUAAGAACAUUCCUAGUUUGCAGUUCGAAGAUCCAAAAUCCUCAUGAAGAGGUUCCAGCCUUGUGGAAGAAGGACCAGGAGGUCCAUGUCCUUGUUCGCGAUCCGCAGAUUUCUCGUCGUGGCCGCGAUAAUUGUGGCGGCGGUGGCUAUCGGAGACGCCGAUCCCGAUGCCGAGUCCAGCCCCAUUCGCAGCGAAAAGUCUCAAGAAGGAUCAUCAUCGACAGAAGCCGAUGUCGUGGACGCGAGAGAAGAAGGUUCUGUUGUUUCUUCCUCUGCCAUCGAACCGGACCUACCCUUUAGUGACAUCAACAUUCUAGUUGUUUCGGAUGUCCAUUCCUUCGUCGGGGGACAUCCGCACGAGCCGGACCGAAACGCCGACUAUGGAGACCUCUUUUCGUUUCAUGAGCGCCUGAAGGAGCACUGUGAGGCAGAGGGCAAGGGCGAUCUGUUCCUGUUCAACAACGGCGACUGGCUGCACGGGACGGGAUUGGCCAUGGACGGAAACGCUACCAAUCUGUUGCCCAUUGUGAAUGCCAUGCCGUGGGAUUCUCUGACGAUGGGCCGACAGGAGGCAACGUACACGGAUGUCUUGCGGGACAUGAGCGAGACCAUGCUUCCAGCCUUUCACGGGAAGUACAUCACCAGCAACGUGGUUUGGAACGAAACAAAAGAGCCCUAUGGAAAGCGGUACCAAUUCCUGAAGGGCCGCAACUCUACAAUCCUGGUGUUUGGGUUUUUGUACGACGUGGCGAGUCCCUCAACGACGAUACAGGUCGUUCCGGUGGAGGAAGCAAUACAGCAGGAAUGGUUUCAGUCUCUUCUUCGGGACGACUACAAAGAAUACGAAUACGACGCCAUUGUAGUUUUGGCGCAAAUCGACGUGUACAGUCCCCUGAUCGAAGACAUUUAUGAAGCAAUUCGAGAGAACGUCGAUCCAAAUAUGCCCAUUCAAUUCAUUGCCGGGCAUUCCCACAAGCGCGAGCGUGUGAGCAGCAUCAAAAGGGAUUUCUUCGUGCACAAAAUGGAGCCCGGUGGUCUGUUCGACACAAUCGGCUGGGUGACCAUUCCGAAAUUCGAGGCCACCAAGGGGUGGUCUGGCAAGAGCCAGGAACUGAAAGAUGCAUUCCGGCAGGAAUUUCUAAACACAAGCAAAACCGUGUUGCGUUCACGCCUGGGCUUGAGAGACGAAGACCAGCAGGGGCUUGAGACGGCCGGGGGGAGGGCCAUUUCCAAAAUGAUCCACAAUACGCAAGAACGACUGGAAUUGAAUCAGAUCGUGGCCUGCCCCGGGCACGAUUACUUUCGUAACAUCUCUAUUCACGCCGACAACUCCCUUUGGAAAUUGUGGAGGGAACACGUCGUGCGGACCCAGAUCUUCAAAAAGGCCGAAGAUCGGGUCAUUAUGGUGUCCAAGAGAACCUUCCGUUACGAUCUACGUGGGAGUGGCAAGCACGACGCCAUGACCCUGGACGAUGUGGUGGCUAUCGCCCCCUACAUGCAAAAGGUUAUAUACGUGGGAGACGUUCCGGAUUGGAUGAUCCGCCGAAUGAACAACACCUUCAACACGUUUAGCCACCACAAUAUAAUUCCCGAUUACGUCUUGGCUGGAGACAUUGACGACGUCAAAACAGCCGAGUCUUAUCAACUAUAUACACACGAAGAGGAUGUUCCAAAAAUCAAGGCCAAGCUGGAAAAAUUCAAUUUCAAAGAUUUUGUUUUGAAACCCACGGGGCAACGAGAUACUUUGUAUUGGUUGAACUACGUUCGAAAUGCCUAUCCAUGCAAAGGAAGCGAGAACGAAAAGUUCAAGGUGCCCUAUUUCUACGAUCCAAACGAACUGGAGGAGGAAUCCACGGAUGGAAAAGUGACAAGCGAUGAAAUGGGAUUAGAUUUUGACGAACAAGGUUCCGAAAGUGACACCGAUGAGGAAAUUGUAUGGACCUUGCCUCCGGGAGAGGAAUACAAGGGAUACAUUCCCGGAAAAGGAGAAGUGAAAAAGGUCCCCGUGUCCGUCUAUGAAAAUUACAAGACACAAGAAGAACGCGACAAAGAAAAGCAGGAGAAAAAAGCCGCGGCAGCAAGCCGUCUCAGCAGCAAAAACCUCAAGUCCCAACUGCAGGAACGAAAAAAGACGCACAAAAAGAUUGUAAAGGGGUUUGCAGUGGUCUUUGCGUUCCUGAUCUUGUUCAUUCCCGUCGUGUGCUUGAUAAUGCAGGUAACGGGGCGAAACGACGACAACGAUGGCUUUGGCAGCGGGGGUGCUUUGUACGACCAAGAAGAAAUGAGAUUGCUGAAGCGGCGACGGAGGGGGGCAACGAAGAAAACACGUUCCAGAAAAGAUCGCAGCGGUUCGUUUCACGAACGACCGCUGAAAGAGAUCGAAAUCAUAUAAUAUAACAACAAACAUAAAUCUUAGCU